GCUUCCCAUUUGGCUCUCUUCGAUGCUUGUGUUGUUGCUGGAGUACGUUCGUGCAGUGGACCUUAGCGUUAAGCGUUAGUUUGCGUCAAGUGAGUGGCACACAACUCAAAUUAAAUGUAUUCUAACAGUUUUAUUAUUUUGUUAUUUUCAUUGGUGUGACGUAAACUGUUCCUAUAUGCUCAUAGUUGUGCGCACAUUGAAGUGCUGUACGUCACGUUACUGACCAUUAGACGCAACCUUCUGGAAAAUGGGGAAAAGCCGCAAGCGUUUGAAAGGACCGGGAGCAGCUCAAGCUCCAGGACCACGACCACAACAGGGCAUGCGGCCCACAGCGCCUCCUCAACCCAGACCUCCUACUCUUCUCGGCGGGUUUCGCGGUCCUGCUCCCAUCCGCCCGAUGGGCCCUGGACAGAGGUUUCCUGCGCCCCAUCGCGCCUUCGGACCUCGACCCCCCCGACUGAUGAGGUUGAUGGACAGCAUGGAAGGGGACAGAGGGUUUAUUCAUGAACCGCAGGGAUCCAUGAUGGACGAUGAGCCUUAUCACUCGACGGAUAUUCCCGACCGACAUGACAUUCCCUCGCUUUUUGAUGUACCCGAUCCACAUUUCCAUCAUCCAGAGUUUGGGAACGGACCCCCAGCACCGCGCUUUCACCGUCCAGAGCCUGAAUAUGGACCGCGUUUCCAUUCUCCACAGUUUGAUGACAAGCCACAAAUGGAUGUACGUGGCAAUCGUAUGUUUGGGGAUAGAGGAGGGUUUGCUGGACCACCUCCACCUGAUUUCCGGGGCCCAGGUCAAGUACAGCCACCAACUGAAGUGUUUAAUGCCACUAGCAUGGCUCCUCCGGUGAAAGGCUGUCCACCCCAGCCUCUGAAGAAAAAAGAUCAGCUUGAUAAAUCGAUGGCAGCAAAGAUGUCAACAUUCAAGAACAUUUCUGCAAAUGCUCCUCGUGGACGCUCAUUGGGAGUAAUUUCAUUCAUUGGGAAUAAUUGUGGUUUCAUUGAACGGGAGGAUUUGAAGAAAUUUUCUUUUACAUUUGAUGCUUUUUUUGGAAACCGAGCUCAUCUGGUGCCUGGGGUCAAAGUGCAUUUCACAGCAGUGAAAAACCUGGGAAAAGAUUGUGCGGUUGACAUGAAGGUGGCCCCAGGAGGAACAGAAGACAUUGACAGUACGUUGUAUGAAGGCGUAGUUCUCACAACCCUUCCUGAUGACAACGUCGAGGAGGCUAAUCCUGGCUGCAUCAGGACCUUUAUCUCUACGAAUCAAAUUGAACUGCCCUUUGGAAAGGCGGACACCCGUGUGACUCUGCUGCUGUAUGAUCUUGUGGAGUUCCAGUUGCUGACGAAUGUUAUUACCAAGGAACAAAGAGCCACAAACAUCAAACCAAAAACACCAGACACUUUUGACCUCACUAAAGAAAUCAGGAAGAUGGGUGUGGUUAUGAAAAAGAGUGAUGGAACCCUUACCAUCAUGACAGAGAAACACGAUAACCUCGUGGCUUCUGCUACUGACCAGUUAUCAGAUGAUGAGCUGAAUGUCAUGGAUAAAGUGGAGCUCACCAUUUUGACUGUGAAUGACACCAAGAAGGCUGUCCGUCUCAAAAAGCUGCCUGAGGGCUCUGUGAACUUUAAUCAAAAAGCGAAAGCCAAUGAAAAUAUUUCUGGCGCAAAGGACCGUACGUCUGGCACUACCCCUGGCAAAGACAAGUGGAAGCCUGUGACCAUGACGGCUGGCUCUCAAGAUUCAGUCUCCUUCGACGCAAACAGUGAGAAAUACGAAGGGAUGAUUACAAAAAUUGUCCCAAAGAAAAGCCCAAGCAAGGAAAAAGUGAUGGACAAUCAAGAGCCCACUUUGGGUCUUCUGGUCACCACAGUGGAGGGCACGGAGAAGCUGUUAUCUUUUAGGUCAGGUAACAUGAUCACGAAAGCCACCAUGAUGGUUGGUGACAAGGUCCAGUUCAACAUUUUCACCAACAGUGUGACCAAGGAGGAGUAUGCUGACAACAUAGAGAUCCUGCCAGAAACUUUCCAGACAGACUCUGAAGAGCAACGUAAGCUAGGGCUUGUUGUCAAGCUGGGUGAUAAUUUUGGGAUCAUCAAGACACCACACGACCCGCAGCUAUUUUUUGACAUAAGUGAGGUUAUGGAGGACACCAAACUCACGUUGUCUGAGAAGGUUGAAUUUACGUUAGUACCGAGUCAAGCCGCUGAAGGAGGAAAACAGGCUGUUAGAAUAAGAAGGCUGAAUGAAAGCGUCUUCACAUCUGCACCAAAAUUAGAGGCCUUUGGAGUAAAAGAGAAGAAGAAAAUGACUAUUAAAUUGCUGAACCAUCCGAAAGACCAAAUCAAGGAUGUGGUCGAAACAGAGGACAAUGGCAGUGAAUCAAUGGAUGUAGAGUAUAAUCGGUGCAAAAGCCAGAGCCAAGACAGAAGUAGGAGUUACUACAGAAGUUCCAGCCAUGAGAGGAGUGACGACCAAUACAGAUACAGCUGCAGUUGGAGCGAGGAGCAUGAAGAGACAUACCGCCAGAGUCACGGCAGAAGCCCUGUAGAAGAAGAACUAUUAAGAAAAAGGAGAGAGCUAAUGGAACUCAAUGAGUUGAUUGCACGCAGGAAAGCUAUUGUCGCUAUGGAGCAAAAUGCUAAAGAAAUUGAACCUGAGGAUGGAAAAAGUGUUACAACAUUUGAUUAUCAGCAUGUGCAUCAUGAGAACAUUUGGAUGCCUGAUCUAAAGCCAGUGAAGUCCAUCUUGAAGAAACAGUCUGAACCUCACACUGAUUCUCAAUCUCAGGCGUCUACAAGCAGGGAAAAUGCUGCUUUUUUUCUUGAGAGUCAAAAGAUGCAAAUAGGAUACCCCCAACAGACUGGUGAUUUUGGCUCUGGCUACUCAACGUUUGAAAGUACUGCUGAGAGGACUUUGACCACUGCAGGGUCUGAGAAGACAUCUUUAACUGAAAUUCAGGAUCCAGAAUUGGUGAGAAAAAGGAAGCAAUUAGAAGAUCUCAGUGAGUUCAUAGUACGCAAAAAAGCGAUGUUUGCCAUGGAACAGAAGGUCAGAGCUGUUCGGGAAAUGGAGGCAGAAUACGAGUUUGACUCUCACACCGAGAACCAAUUUGUAAUGUCUAAAGGGAACUCAUGGAGCUGCGAGAUAAAACCUGAUUUUCAACCCAAAAAGUCAAUUUUGAAGAGACAUUCGGAGAUUCCAACUUCUCAGAUUGACACAACCUCAGUUGAUGAAUAUGGUCAGCCACGUCAGGAUGACACUUUUACAAAACCAUCUUCUAAGACAGCAGCUUUGCCAUUUAACAGGUCCUCAAAUCCAGAAUCCAUUCAUCCUGGUACUUUGGGAUUAUUCAACCGGAUUAUGAAUGAGUCUUCAGCAGCCUCACAGAUGACUGAAACACCCCCUUUUAACAAGCCGAUUAUCCCACAGUCACUCAUGCAGGCGUCUAGUUCAAGGUCUUUACAUGACCAGAAAUCUUCCAACAUUUCUAAAGGUAACAAUUCUCAGGAAAACCAACACGGGGCAUCAUCUUGCCUGCCUCAUGACCAUUCCCCGAGCAGUAAUCCUUCUACAAGUCAGACUUCACCAUCAGAUCCAAAGCGCAAUCUUACAACUCAAAUGGAGCGCUUCCUUAGUGCUCUCAACAAGGCAGACACCAGUGUUGUUAACUCAUUGUUUCAAGAGGCUAGAAAGGAUCUGGCUCUAAUGAACACUGAGAAACCCACUCAACCACAAUUAGAUAGAAACACACCCUUCAUGGACGAAUUAUACGAUCCUUUUAAGGAAGAUGAAGACAAUGACCAUCCGAUGGUUUCAGAAAAUUGGAGCGAAAGCAGUGAGGAUAAAGUCAGAAAGAAAGAGAACUUUGAAAAAAUUCAGAGUCUUCUUCAAACAAUAGGACUUCAGCUAGACACAGCAGAGGUUAGCAAAUUAGCAGACCGUACACAAGAGCGAUUGUAUGGUAAGAUGAGAAAACCUCAUAGUGCGUCUUCUCACUCUUUUGAACAAAAAAGGGAGCGAUUAGGGAGUCAAACUGAGAAAAGAGGUAGUAGUAGGGCACAUUCCUCAGACUCCGAAAGCUUCCGUUCUGUUUCCCCAGCUCAGUCCUCUAGUCGUAAGGUUUACAUGAGCUACGAGGACUCUGUAAAAUACAAAGACCAGCACAAGGUGGAAGAUGUAGACCUAACUAGCAGUAAGAGAACGGUAGCUAAUAUGAAACCAGCAACCGAUGAUAAAGAUCCUGAUAAACCUGAGCUGACCGCAGUUUCUCAAGCUUCGUACCAACCAGUGACCACUGCAACCACAGUUCAGCCUGACUAUUACCAGUAUGCCCAAAAUUACACCGUUUCCGCCUUCUCAGCUUCACAAUAUUCUCAAUAUCAAAGUAGUGGUCAACAUGUUUGGGGUUCUAUGGUCCCUGGUCUGUACCCUUAUAGCACCGUACCUUCAUCUCCUUAUGCUAUUGGUCACCAAGCAAUGGCACCGCAUAUGAUGCCUGCUUAUAGUUGGUACACUGCACAAAUGGCCAAUCCAUAUUGUGUACUUCCACCACUCUCCAUGCCACCUCCCUAUGUUCCUCCGCCUAUCUCCAACCCUCUCCACCUCUCUACAAUGCCCUCUGCUGACACUAACCAAGUGGCUAGUGAAAUCCCACCUGAAUCUAUAACAACAACAACAACAACGCCUGUUAGGUGCCUAACAAAAAUUAAAACGGUUCAAACAGGGCCUGUUAUCAUAACAGAAGAUCACAUCAAGAGAAGGCAGAAGGAACGGCUUGAACGGUUUAACCAGAAAAUGAAGCUGAAGAAUGAACAGCAAAUGGAAGCCCAGCGUUCACGUGGACAAAAUCCGAAUUCAGCUCCAGGUAAAAGUAGCCCCAAUGAGAUAAAGAAUGUGUGGAUAUUUGGCCACUCUCUUGUGUUUUGGGCUGAGAAGAGGGCUACUUCCCCUGAGUAUGGCGUGCAGUUGGGCAUGCAUCCAGACUCGGUGCGCAUCUGGUGGAAGGGCGUGCAGGGCAUGACGUGGCAACAGCUUAUACCUUCGCUGCUCCAGCGCAAAGACAAGUGGCCCGAACCUGAUGUGCUUAUAAUCCACUUGGGUGGAAAUGACAUAAGCACGACGGAUCCAGAGGCCUUUGUUGAGACUGUGAAGAAAGACUUGUCUUCAUUGAAGACCAUAUUCCCCAAAUGCCUGUUAGUGUGGUCCAGCAUCCUUCCACGGCAGUCCUGGAGGGGUACAGAAGACAGCAAAGGAAUGAACAUUAUCCGCAUGGCUGUUAAUGAGACCAUAUGUAAAAUGAUGAAAGAACUUGGUGGCUUUAGUUUGAUACACAAAAACAUAAGGCCCGAUUCGGGAGUCUACAGGCCAGAUGGGAUUCACCUCUCUGGGAAGGGUAUCGAUGUCUUCAAUCUGAACCUGCAGGCUUACCUGGAGAAAUGGGAGCGUAGGACUAAUAAGACAGAGACAUCUAACCCAUCAGUUUGAGAUGAGGAAAUUCCUGUAACAGUCAUUUGUUUUGUUCAGCUAACGCGGAUGUUAGCUUGUACAGUGCUAUUGCAUUCUUGUAUAUCCUCUGUUGUUGUUUUGUUACUCCAGAAUUGAUUGUUACACAACCUGUGUAGAAUUAAAGCAGACUUGUUUUCCAUU